UUUGCAUUUGUCAAUGUCACUGGAAAUAUAAUUUGUGUUGAAAAAUUUUGUAAAUAAAUUGAUUGCAACCUAUUCUUUUUCUGCUAGAUUUAUAAUAAACGAUGGGCGGGCACGGGCACGGUCCUCCGUAUGUUGUUACCAAAGCCAGUGAUUACUCAAUUAAAGGAAUAUGGGAGCUGGAAGAGCUAGAAAAAGCCCUCGCUCGCAAAGGCUUAAAAGACCCAUGGAUCAGAAACGAAGCCUGGCGGUACAGCCCAGCAUUUGGAACAAAAUGGAUGCGAGCUCGUAAGCUGUUCUUCCGCGGCUUCCCCCUGGGGCUGGGGCUGGCCAUAGCUACUGUAGCCCUCGGCAAGUUGUCUGGAGAUGAUCAUCAUGGACAUGGACAUGAGGGCCACUAAACCAUUUAAGUUAUAAAUAUAGUCUGUUAAUAU